AUUUUCUGACAAAUAUGGUCAAAUCAAAGGGCUUGAAGCUUCUCUGGAGGUUUACAAAAGGAACCGCCGCUUUUUACUGCGUCGGACACUGCAUAAGCAAGUACAUCGGGGAAAUGGUGAUCUGUAGUGGUCCAUCGAUGCAUCCGACGAUUCAUGACGGUGAUUUGGUGCUCGCCGAGCGAUUUAGUAUUCGCAAUAAAAACGUCCAGGUCGGAGAUAUAGUGGGAUGUGUGAAUCCGCAGAAGCCUAAGGAGCUUCUGUGCAAACGGAUAGCUGCAAAAGAAGGCGAUCCAGUAACCUCCCAUUUGCUUCCAUCUGGCAGAGUUCCAAUUGGUCACGUAUUCCUUCGCGGUGACAACGGCCCAGUUUCAACAGAUUCCAGACAUUUCGGCCCGGUACCUGAAGCCCUUGUUCAGAUAAGGCUCAGCCUGAGAAUAUGGCCUCCAGAGAGAGCCGGAUGGAUUUCUGAUCAUUGGUUUUGGGAUAAAAGUGAUAGAAAUGCAGAGAAAUAGGCUUCUUUUUCAGUGUAAUUAUGUGCUUUUCCACCCUUUUUUCCUGGUUUUUGUCUCACUUUUUUUUUUGCCAUAAAAUACUAUUU